GGAUAGCAGUUUUCGAUGCAACUCCACAAUGUCUCUUACUUCCGUGUACGUUACAGCUUCACUAUAUAUUCUGUCUAAAUUAGUGACAACUUGGUGCCACACUUUCCAAACCAAACCUCUUUUUCUGUCUUUCUCUGAGUUGGCCACUCAGAUGAACAAACCUCACUUUGGCGAUCGUGUCGGAGAUCACGAGGUCAAGACAUUUGUGUUGAAAUGUCAUGAGGACAGCAUCGAGGUUGUGAUGAAAGCUUAUCUGUUUGACCCAGGCCUGCCUGUGGAGCCAACGCAUUUGAGGCUUGGACCUUUCAGUGCUGCGCAAGAUCACUGCACAGCAAAAGUGUCUGGGAAUGGGGAGUACAUCAUCAGAGCACCUCUGACUGACUGUGGGAGUAAACUAAUGUUUACCCAGAGUGCUUUGCAGUACAACAACCUCCUGCUGUACUCUCCUCCAACAUCACCUGGAGACAUGUUUCAAACAGAAGGAGCUGCCAUUCCAGUCCAGUGUGAAUAUGAAAGGAGGUACACAGUGAGCAGCAGGGCCCUGAAACCAACCUGGAGUCCCCCAUUCUCCAUCCAGUCAACACAUUUCCUGGACCUGGACUUCCACCUUAGGCUCAUGACAAAUGACUGGAGGAGUGAGAGAAAGUCAUUAGUUUACUUCCUGGGUGAUAUGGUCAACAUCGAGGCGUCUGUAGAUCAUCAUCACCUUCCUCUUCGUCUGUAUGUAAACAGCUGUGUGGCUACUCUGACCUCUGAUGUCAAUUCUUACCCCAGAUACCCCUUCAUAGACCACCAGGGAUGUUUUACAGACUCACAUCUGGACGGCUCUAGCUCCCGUUUCCUGCCCAGAGUCCAGGACGAACUCCUUCACAUUCAACUCGAACCUUUCUUCUUCCACCAGGACCCCAGACACACUAUGUAUAUAACAUGUUACCUGGAAGCAGAGCUCAUUUCAAACAAGUACCCAGUGAAAAAGGCUUGUUCUUUCAUGAGUGGGAGGUGGAGGUCAGUGGAUGGUGAUGACCGUGUCUGUGAGAGCUGCAGCAGGGUUAAAGAGAUGAAUCAAAACGGUGGUGCCAAGUCCAACCACAAGAGGGCACUGAUGAGCAAAACAAAGCACAGACAAAAUGAGCUGCACAGUGAAACCAAUUUGGGUCCAUUGAUAUUUCUCCCCUGAAAGCUCACUACUGUGAUACACAAAUAUUUGUAUUAAAGUGAUUUAGUUUAAUAAAAAUGUUCAAGCAACUGUGACAUGUA